GCCGGCCGCCUCCCGGACGCGGCCCCGGCAAGGUUCGGGCGAGGGGGUGGGGGCGACACGCAGACGGACCGAUCCGAGUCGCAGGCCGUCCGCUCGUCCGCCCCGCCGCGCCGCUGCCGCUCGCUCAGCUUGCUACGAAAACAAACUGGGGUUAGUUGCGUAGUGGUCGGUCUGCGAGCGGGUUCACGUCGCGUCGCUCCGCGCCCCCCCACCCCCUUUCCAUCGUUGUUGUUUGUUUUGAGUGCGUCGUGUCCGCUGUGCUAACGCCGUGCUAACGCCGUGCCCGUGGCGAGGAGCCUCCGCCCCGUGUGUUGCCGCCGCCGAGCCCCUGGCCUGCUCCGCGCCGAGCAGCGCGCGCCAGGCACAGGCAUGUGAAGUGAAACCGAGUUGGAGCAGAGCGAGAAGUGCUGCGUGUAGGAGCCGAGCUUGCGCCGAGCCAGGCAGGCCAGGCGAUCCCAGCCAGAACCCAGGCCGAACGGAGCGAGGCUCUAGCGGACCAAGGCGUAGCAGGAGUGAUGUCGCCUCGCCCGCGGGCCAGCCUCGGCCCAAGCCUCGGCCCAAGCCCCCGCCAGCGCUCGACAUGAGCCCCCGGGAGUGGGCCUCGGCGCGGGCCUCACCCGAGGCCCCGCCGCCCUGGACCCCCUGUGUCCCCAUGAGCGCCGCCGCGCCGCCCACGGGAUCCUGGACAUCGCCGCCAGACCCUGGAGGUCCCUUGCCGUCCGCGGCCAGCGCCCGCCUGCAGCACCCCUGCGUUGGGUGCCCCUACGCGGACGCCGCCCCCAUCGACACCCACGCGGGCGAAGACGACGACGACGAUGAUGAUGAGGACGCCGAGUGCGAGUGUGGCGCCAGGGCUGAGGACGAGCCCCGGUGCAGGACGUUCUGCUGCCACUGCAGCGCGUGCGAGGCGCAAGCCGGCUGCAGGCAGCUGUGGAGGUGUCGCUGGAGACGCCGUAGAAGACGUUGGCGCCGGCCCCCGGAGGGCUCCGGCCCGGAGGCCCUACCGUGCAGUGCUAGUGUCAGUGGUGAUCGUGGCGCCGGCGCCUGGUCCCUGUGGUCCCUGUGGUGUGUGCUAGUGCUGUGGAGCCACAGAGUGCUCGGCGCGGUGUCCCGCCGCGCGCCCCGCCCCGCGCCCUGCCCCGCGCGCCCCGGCCUCACGGGGCCGCCUUCCUCGUUUUGGAUUGUCCUGCUGCUGCUGCUCCGGGUGGGGGGCGGCCUGGCGGGCAGCGUGGUCAGCCCGCAGACGGACGGCCCCUCCGUCCAGGGCGAGGACGUAGUUUGCCAGAGUGUGGACAUACGGAACAGCGUGGAAAACUUCAACAGGCUCGAGAAUUGCACCGUGGUCGAGGGCUUUGUGCACAUCACCCUUAUUGACAACGCUGUCGCGGAAAACUUCACCAACAUCACGUUUCCCAAACUACGAGAAAUACAUGGCUACUUGUUUCUGUACCGAGUGAGUGGCUUGCGCUCGCUAUCUACCUUGUUUCCAAACCUGGCAGUCAUACGCGGCCACGAGCUCAUGAUGAACUAUGCCCUCGUUAUCUAUGAGAUGCAAAACUUGAAUGAUAUCGGUUUAAUUUCACUUAUGACCAUCAAACGAGGAUCUAUAAGAAUUGAGAAGAAUCCAGUUUUAUGCUAUGUUGACACAAUUGAUUGGUCCUACAUAUCUUCAGCCGAUACAUCGGAACAUUAUAUAAAGAAUAACAAACACAGCAACGAAUGCCCAAGAAAAUGUCCAGAUAAAUGCCCUGCAUCGCCUGCAACAGCUAUCAAGAUUGCAGGACAAAAGCCAACAUCAAAUUUAUGUUGGACUGAUACCCACUGUCAAAAGGUCUGCAGUCCAAAAUGUGAAAAGAAUGGAUGUCUACCCAAUGGAGUAUGUUGUCACAGGCAGUGUUUAGGGGGCUGUACUGGUGAUCGAAACAACAAUUGCAUUGCAUGCCAAAAAGUUUAUUAUAGUGGCAGCUGCAUAGCAAGUUGUCCCCCAAACCAAUUCCAGUUUUUGGAAAGGCGAUGUGUGCUGGCUCAUGAAUGCCACCAGAUGGUGAAACCAAAGGGCUAUGAAGGUGAACACAAUUAUCCAUGGCGACCUUUCAAUGACUCAUGUGUUCUGGAGUGUCCACCAGGCUACUCUGAAAAGCGAAUACCUAGUUCUGUUGAAGGGCUCAACGAAACCUUCUCCUGCGAAAAAUGCAAUGGAACUUGUGAAAAGGAAUGUCGGGCUGAUCAUGUUGACAAUAUUGCAGCAAGUCAACGUCUCAGAGGAUGCACCGUGAUAAAAAAUUCCUUAGAAAUACAGAUUCAUAAAGGAAAAAACCUCGUGAAGGAACUGGAAGAAAAUUUGAAGUCUAUUCGUGAAAUUCGUGGAUACCUCAAGAUAACACGCUCAGUACCUCUAGUAUCAUUAAAUUUUCUUAAAAAUCUAGAAAUAAUUCAUGGAGAAGACCUGACUGGUGACAAAUAUGCCCUUCUUGUACAUGAUAAUCAAAAUCUCCAAAAACUGUGGGAUUGGUCGUCAAAUUCCACAUUUAAAAUUUUGAGGGGUAGAUUAUCCUUUCAUUACAACCCAAAGUUGUGCAUACAAGAAAUUGAAGCAUUGAGGAACAAAACAGGCUUAGAAGAAUUUAAUGAUCAUGAGGUUUCAUCAAAUGGUGAUAAAGUUGCUUGUGACAUGGAUGUAUUAAAUGUGACAGUCUCAAAAAUAACAGCAUUUGCUGUUCUCAUUGAAUGGAAUGCCUGGACUGCUGUACCAGAUCCUCGAGCCCUUUUGGGAUAUGUAGUUUACAGAAUUGAAGCACCAACCCGCAAUGUGACACUUUAUGAGAGUCGGGAUGCGUGUGGGGGAGACGGGUGGUCUGUGGAUGAUGUCUCAGUUCCUGAUAAUUACACUAUGAAUGAUAAACCAAAUGUGACUCAUAUAGUCACAAAUCUCAGUCCAUACACUCAAUAUGCCUCUUAUGUCCGCACCUAUACCAUUGCCCGAGGAUCAUCAAGUAUAAAAGGAGCACAGAGCAAAAUUAUUUACUUUCGAACCUUACCUAAUGUACCUACAACACCUAAAGACUUGAGUGCUGCUUCGAACUCAAGUUCUGAAAUUGUUGUUAGCUGGAAACCAUCUUAUCCACCCAAUGGCAAUGUAACAAAGUAUAUAGUUCAGGGUGUUAUGGAAGAAGACAAACCAGACAGAAGUAACUACUGUGAUGACCCUUUGACUGAGCGCACUACUGACCGCACUGAAAUCUCAAGUAUUCCAAUUCUCCCAACCAAACCUCCCCCAGGAGAAGAGAAGCAAGGUGAAUCUGAAAGUUGCUCAUGCAAGGAUAACAGUGAAUCUGGAAAAAGAGACAAGGAAAUUGACAGUGAAAAUGCUGCAAACUUUGAAGACCAAGUACAUAACAUGAUUUAUAUUCGAAGGGCAGGUCAAAGGGAACAGAGCGGAAGAAAUAGCGAGAAAAGGAAGAAACGAACUUUAAACAGACAAAUAACUGAUGAGGCAUAUUUACGAUACAAAAGAUCAAUUGGUGACUCUGUCCCAGAAAAAUUUCCUUCUGAUACUGUCCCACAAAUUUCAGCAAACAGUCAAAAUGUUCAAGAUAACUGCUCUGUGGAUGUCUGUUAUACUUUAAAUCGAGAAGUAUAUGGAGGAGCAACAACUUUUGUGCUAAAACGUCUACACCACUUUGCUCGCUAUUCAAUUAAAGUAAUUGCAUGCCGUGAACUUGAUCCUUCAGAAGAACCUGGCAAAACUCAAAAUUGUAGUCCAGCUGCUAUUAUCCAGCACCGCACCUUACCAGAACCUACAAGAGAUACUAUCCCGGAUGUUGUCCUUAAAGAAAAUAAUGGCACCCGGUUUUUCGAAUGGCGACCUCCUUUGGAUCCUAAUGGCAUGAUUGUGAAAUAUGAUAUUCAAAUCCAGCCUGAAAAUGUUGAAACUGGUGCUCAUCGUCUUCAUUGUUUGUCAAGAGGUAACACCUCAUUUACUCUGCCCAAUUUGCCACCUGGAAACUAUAGCUUUCAAGUGAGGGCUACUUCCAUCAAUGGCCCUGGCAAUUACACUAAGAAACAGUUUUUCUUUGUUGAGGAGCCAUCAACUACCAGCACACAGACUGUGUUCUAUGUAGUGCUUGGUGUUCUUUGCUUCUGCCUUGUGGGUGGUGUGGUUGUUUACUAUGCAAGAAAGAUAUGGUGCCCUUCACAAGUACCAAGAAAACUUAUUCCAAACAUUAAUCCGGAUUAUCAUAGUGCAACCUAUAUUCCUGAUGAGUGGGAAGUGCCUCGGGAACAUAUACAAAUUUUAAAAGAGCUUGGACAGGGAUCAUUUGGAAUGGUCUACGAAGGCAUUAUUCAAAGCUGUCCUCGCACUGGAAAUAGACAGGACAGUUGUGCUAUUAAGACUGUCAAUGAAAAUUCUAAUGAUCGCGAACGAAUUGAGUUCCUUAAUGAAGCUUCUGUAAUGAAGGGAUUCAAGACAUACCAUGUAGUUCGCUUGCUAGGUGUUGUCUCUCAAGGACAGCCCACACUAGUAGUGAUGGAACUUAUGGCGCAAGGUGAUCUUAAAAGUUACUUAAGAAAACAUCGUCCGGAUGAAACAGAUGAUCCAGAAGUUCAGCCUCCAACGUUAAAGAGAAUAUUACGCUGGGCAAUGGAGAUAGCAGACGGUAUGGCCUAUUUGUCUGCUAAAAAAUUUGUACACAGAGACUUGGCAGCUCGUAAUUGUAUGGUAGCAGAUGAUAUGACAGUGAAAAUUGGAGACUUUGGAAUGACGAGAGAUAUUUAUGAGACAGAGUACUAUAGAAAAGGUAGCAGAGGCCUGAUGCCUGUUAGAUGGAUGGCACCAGAAAGUUUAAAAGAUGGAGUCUUUACAAGUGCCUCUGAUGUUUGGAGCUAUGGAGUUGUUCUCUGGGAAAUGGCCACUUUGGCUUCUCAACCUUAUCAGGGCUUGGGUAAUGAAGAAGUACUGCGAUAUGUCAAAGAGGGUGGUGUGAUGGAGGCUCCAGAGAACUGCCCCACUCAGUUGUAUGACUUGAUGAGGAAGUGUUGGCAGUUCAGACAAUUGAAUAGACCAUCGUUCUUCAAUCUUGUGGAAAUGCUGCUACCUUAUGCUGAAACUGUUCCUUCAUUUAGUGCCCGAUCCUUCUACCACAGUCAGGAAGCAAUGGAGAUGAGACACCCUCCUGAGCCUGGGCGAGCCCCUCUUGAAGAAGCAGAAACUGACAUGGAUAUUGAGGCUAUUUCACCUACAACUCCUUUAAGAUGUGCGGAAAGUGAGGAGCAGCCUGAACCAAGUGUUAUGCCGGCUCCCGCUCCCAGUAGUUAUGCACAGUACCAUAAAGCUUACUCAAGUGAUUCGAGUAGAGACAGCAAAGCAAGUAAUGGCAGCAGUGCAAAUGUUAAUACCGCCAAUGGCUACAUUCAUGAUUGGCAUCGUCAUGGAAAUGGUGCUACAACUCAUACCGCACAUCCUCCUCAUGGUUCGCAUCAUGGACCACCACCAACUCUCAAGACUACAGAAUGUUGAUGUGUGGGUGAUUUUUAGCAGUCUACUAAAGAGAUUAUUUGUUUCCUACAUAUGUGCUAGCCUACAGCCGACUGCUCAUACUCAGCAAGUCUGUCAUCAACCCAUGACAACCUGCGCCAAGCCUUGCGCUUAAUUGUGCCGUUCAGUACAAGUACUUUAGCAGUCUGCGUGCCACUUUUGAUUUUACUUUUGUUUUCUGGUCUGUGUAUAGUUUUAUUUUGUUCUGUUUACCACAUUUCUGGAUAUUUUGUGUGAGUAUGAUAGAUGUAAUAUUAUUUAUGAUGAUUAUCUGUAUUUAUUAUUUGACUUAGGUUUUUUUUUUUAAGAGUAUGCCCUGUUUGUACAGCCUUCCUCCUUGAGGACAUUAUGCACAACUUUAAACAAAAUGUAUCUUUUAACCUAUUGAAUUAUGGCUUUUACUGCUGUGUGAGGGUGAGGGCGCCGAUGUGAUGUUCUCAACAUGUGAACGGAAUUAUUUCUUGGGAAUAUAUUUCCAGUUAGUGUGUGCGUAUUAUUGCCCCUGCAGUGCUUUCCUUAUGGCCAAUCAUUAUAAAACUUUAUCCUAGAAUUGUUUGAAAAUUCUGUUGACAUAUUUAAAGUGUUUUGUUUUAUUCUACUGCUUGUAACCAAGACAUCAUUUUAAAGAAUGAUACUUUAGAUUUGAUGUAUUUUUUUAAUUUAAUUGUCUCAAAAAACCUGUAAAUCAGCCGGCAAACCUUUUUUCUAUGCUUAAGAGUUAGGUUUAUUUAGCGAUGGUCAUAAGGUUUAGACCAGAUUCCAUCACCUGUUUACUCAAACCAUUGUAACAAAUUGAUCUGAUUCUAAGUAAACAAUCAACAGUUAUGACAGUUAACAUUUGUUGAUUAUUAUUUUUUUUUAAUUUUUAUGAAAUAUAUUACUUUUUAAGUUGAAUGCUGAGUGGAGCAGGUUAAGUUGAUUGAACUUUGGUUCUACUGGUUGAUGAGAUCUGGCCUUUAGAAUGCACUUGUAUGUAUAUCCUUUACCUGUUGCUGUUUCAGCCAAAUAUUUUUCUCUUUCUGUGAUACUGUUCUCAUGUAGACUCUUUUUUGAUGUGUAGGACAUAAUUUUAUGGUUGUGUGCAAUGUGAAAGUGUCAUACAAGUCGAUACCCUAGACAAUGAGCAGCUUUUUGGCCAUAUGACUAUGCCCAGGUUAUUUGUUCCUACACCAUCUCAAUAUUUAUUGUUAAUCUUAAUAUUAAAUUAAAAUUCCAUACCUUAUUCAGUGGUCAACCUGACUGUUUACCUUUCUUUGUGAGCAGAUUGUGUGCCUCCUUUUGGUGCAAAUAGUUUGAAUGUUUCUUGCAAUCUUUUCUUUUUAACUAUUGGUUUACAUGUACUGAACAUAGAUAUACUAGACCUCAGUGAUGGCCUUGGUACAUGUUUUUAAAACUGUGCCUAUUGUCCCCCCCCCCCCUUUUUUUUUGACCAGUGCAGGAUACUCCUCCGAAUGAGGCUUAUUUAUUACCGUAUUCACUGUUAUGUAGGAUGUUGCUAUUUCAUUUCAUUUUGAUAUUGUAUGGAUGUAUCAGGCCCCGGUAUCAUGUUGUUACCCAGAGGAUGAAAUCACUAAGCUUAUCUGGGCCCUGACAUUAAACUAGACUCCAAGGGAUGGGAAAAGCGACUUGUUCACUUCAUACCACUUAACUUAAAUAACUGAAGCAAAGUAGCUUAUAUUCUAGUGUGUAUGGCAAUUUUCUCAAACUCCCAGUUACUAUUUGAGAAUUGCUAGUCUUAAAUUAUUUGCAAUGAAUUUUGGAGAACAGGAAACUAAAAAAAAUGGACUGAAGUAUCAUUUUUGCUUGGUUCUCAUAGCUUCUCUUCAAUGAAAAAUCUGUUUAAACAAUAGUUGCCUUAGUUUUUUCUAUCAAAGCCAAGAAAAGGCAACUCUUUUGUUAGUUUCUUAUCAAACCUUUUUCAUUUUCACUUUUGUUUGGAGCUAUAGGCACAACAUCUAAAACUACUCUUUUUUUUAAAGUACUUUUCUUUCUUGAAAACAAAUCUUGUUUUAGUCUAAACAAAGCCCCUUAAAAAAUUAUUUUAAACUUUGUAUGGCAGGUUUUACUCAAAUUCUAUUAUAUAAGGUAUUUCAGCGUGAAUCCUGAGGGUGUUUUAUUUCCCGUUUUAUAGCCCUCAAUAACUUGAAUCAUAAAUUUCUUGUACCUUUAUUAAUAGCUCAAUGAAGCUAGCUUAGUGAGCUUGAUGCUCCUUCAACUAUCAAGCUUCUCACUAUCACCAAUGUUGAUUCAUGUCAAUCAUUUGAUUCAUUGGCAGUUUAUUCAGUUCAGUGGUUUCCUGCACCCAGAGCUCUUUUAUGCCAAAGUCUUGUUGAAUAUAUAUUACUGCAGAUACUGUGCCUCCAAAGUACAGUCAAUUUCCGUUAGUGCGACCCCACUGGCACCGCGGCCCAAAAACGUUAUAACGGGGAAAUCGUUGUAUCCGAUAGCAUUAAGAAGAAAACUAAUGCCAUGGGACGGCGGAAAAAAUCGUUAUAACGGGGAAAUCGUUGUAUCCGGGGGUCGUACUAACGAGUUUUGACUGUAAUGUAUUCCCUCAAUCCCCUAAUUCUAAUAUUAAUUUUACCCUUUGCCAUCAUAGAAAUGUGUGCUGGACUGAUGUGGACUGACAAAGCAUUGCACUCCUUCUUGAUUUGUACAAGUAUACAUUUCUCUUGCUGCUGGUCACUUUAGUAGUUUUUGUGAAUAAUGUUGGGUUCAAGUUCUGCAUAAGUAUGUAAGAACUUCUUUUACAAUCUUAUCAGUUUGUAAACAUCUUGUACUAACUGUCCAUGACAUAUGUAGACAGCAACUAAAUUUGAAGUUGUCUUACUCUUCAGUUUUUUUUUCUUUUGCUUUACUUCUUGUCCAUUUAACAUUUGAAAUGCAGACAAAACUUCAGUACUCAUAUGUUUUGCCUUUUCCAUUUUAUGAUUUUCUAGAUUUCUAUUCUACCUUGUACUCAGGAGCUUUUUUGUGUCAUACUUGGAUGCAUACAUAUGCCAAAUUACUUUCAUUCGUAUAAUAUCAUCCUGUCUAAAAGCACUUCACAGAGUGAAAAGGUGAAUUACAUCUUAAUUCUAGUAUUUAUUACUUUGUAUGGUACAGUAUGAUAGUUUCAAAAUAUUUUUGUAUAAUCACCCAGCUCACUAUAGAACAGUAGAAAAGUGUAAAAUAUAUUUUGUUAUAACUGAUAUUGCUUUAAGACAGGAAGGUGAUUCAUGAUUUUAUUUGGCAUGUACCUGCUUGAACUUAUUACCUCUUUUCACCAGAAGCAACUAGGUUGGCUUCAGACUGACAAUAUAGAGUUCAAAUUGCUUGGCCUAAAUCUUUCCCUCUCUUAUUAUAAUUAUUAUUAAUGUUGUUACGGUUAUUAUGUAAUUAUUUAUUUUUUCAUACUUGUAUGAGAAUAUGUGUUGCCAUUCAAUUAACGAAAGCUUUUGAUACAGGGUGCUCACUUUAAAGUUGUAUUAUAUAUUUGUUAACUCUUGUGUACUUGCAGUGCUUCUUUUUCCAUUGCUCUGUUCCAGUAGUUGGAGAACAUGUCAAUUGUACCACUUUCAUGCCACCUGCAUUGAAAUUGUAAGCCUGCAUGUUUCUUUCAAACAGAAACGUUCUUGGUUAGUCUGCAGUCUAUGUAGAAACUGUUUCUAUUGUUAAAUCACUAUGGUGAUACUGCAUGACAGUGGUACAUUUAGUUACUGGAAACCUUUUUGGUAUUAUCAAGCAAUGGCUAAUGCUGAACAAUCUUGUCACAGACUUUAACAAUAUUUGUACAACUCAGGUGCCUUUGGCCACUUGGUAUACAUAAUCUAUGUUUACCAAUCUUAGAAUAUUUCUUAACCAAAGGAUGCCCUUUGUAAGUGAAUAAUGAAUAGCAGUUGGUGGUUGCGGAGAUCAAAGAAUCGGCUCAACCGGCACAAUAUUAAUCCCUUGUGUCAAUAUUCAGGAGAAGCAGUGUGUGGACUUUUUUUAUUGACUUGAAAUUUAUAAAUUUUAAUUCAAGAUUUUAAGUCCUGCAAUUUUAGUAUCGUGUCAAACUGCAGUUUGACUUGAAUGCUAAUAUUGUUUAGUUAAAUAAAUUCAAUAUGGUCUUUUGAAUAGUAAAAUAUUAAUAAAUCUCAAGUUCCUGAUCUGUUAACAGAAACGUGUCUUAGGUGUAGAUUCAUUCCAUAAGAAUCAAAAUGUCCAAUAGGAUAUACUUUAUGAUGUAAGUGCCGCUGAUUUGUGUUAUACAUUGAGCUCAAGGGCCCGAAUUCAGCCACUUAUUAUAUUACUCAGACUGAUUGUAAAUAUUUAUGUGUAGACUAUUUGUACAUUGUAUUCAUCAUUUUUAAUUAUAUGUCCAUUGUAUACGAUGUGAUUCACAAAAAGUGAAUUGAAUGAACAAAUGUGUAAAAAGUCAUUCCAUAAACCAAUACUAAGUUAAUGUAGUUUUAAAAACAAUCUUGUAAAUUUUUCCAACAGUAUUCAAAGGGGCUUGCAAAUGCUUACUUAUAAUAUAUUGUACAUAAAGUGAUAAAUGAGAAAUUAACUUGUA